CCGCACACUCGAUAUGUGAUUGUGCGCGCGACGUCCCCGUCGAUGGUCAACAUAGUUAGCGUCACGAGUGUAUUCGCUUAUUAUUAUUCGCUUCGUGUUCUCCGCGCGCUUCACACGCAACGGCCGGUCCGCGCGAAAGUGAAAAGUGAGUGUUGGAUAAUACCGUCAGUUAGGUGCACCACCGUAGGGCAGGAAGGUGCAGCAUGUUAGUCAAUAUGGGCCAGCAAAGUAGCGUCCCGAAACGGCGGCGAUCGCUACGCUCGCCCUUCUUAAAACGCGCCCACAAAAUAUCCCUCAGUCACACGUUCAGCUUGCCGAACGGCGACCAGAAGCUGGAUCAAUUAAAUGUAAAUCUCGCCACGGAGGAGGAACUUAUGACUUUAUCAGGUGUAACUCGUGAUAUCGCCAAGGCAAUAGUGAAACAUCGCCAGGCAAUCGGAAGAUUCCGUAAAAUUGAAGAUUUGGCUCUAGUGGGUGGAAUCGGUGCUGAUACUGACAAAAUACGCGGAGAGAUAUGUGUGAAGAACAAUAGUUGUAGCAGUUCGCGAGCGCAGAGUUUCGACUCACUGAAAAGUCCCGAUGUUAAAAUUCCUAAAUUGGUAGAUGUAAAUCGAGCGAAUGUGUUUGAACUGCAGUGCGUGAAUGGCAUGACUCAGGAGAUGGCUGCGAAUAUCGUACAUCAUCGCAAUAAAAGGGGACCAUUUAAAAAGAUCGAUGAUUUGAUAAAAGUCCGCGCGAUAAAUCAUCCUAAAUUGAGCAGCAUGUGUCACCAGCUGACGAUCAACGACGACGACGAUUAUCCUGUCCUCCGGAAUCUGUCGCGGACUACCAGCGCCUCGGAAGUUUCCACCCACACGCACCGGAUAUCGAACGGGACUGCUAAUGGCACGCACAUUAAUGGUAUUACCGGCACACCAACCCGACAUAGAAAAACAAACAGCGCGCCUGUGAAGUUGCAAUGUGCGAACGGUUCGCUGCCGUCCGCAGGAUCCUUGGCCGACAUUUUCGACCUCCUCUCCGCAUAUUCAUACCGACCCAUUCCCGAGGAGGAGUUCCGCUAUUCACGCAAUGGACGAGAUGCAUUCAGGAUAGCGACGUGGAAUUUGCAUGAAUUUACAUACGAAAAAGCGCAAAACCUGGGCGUUCGUGAAGUUAUAUGCAGAACAAUCUUAGAAAAUAGGUGGUCAAUUGUAUGCGUACAAGAUAUUCAGGAGGAAGAUGCUUUGGAGCUCAUCUGUGAGGAGUUAAACGCGCCCAAGUUGCGUAAAGUUUGCGAACUUCGAACGAACAGUUACGAGUGGAAAUGUUUAGUGAUACGUCAUUCGCGGUUGGCUUAUAUUUAUGAUGCACACAGUGGAGGCAUUGGCGUCGAACUAGUUGAAUUAAAUAAAUACGACGACACAUCAAGUUGGUCUCUUGCCGAGUUCUCCAUAGGUCUUAACAAAUUCCGUCUCCUCAACGUCGAAUAUACAGAGCAGUCAGAUGCCAAGGAUAUUGAAGACGGCCUCGCGGAUAUAGACGCCGAUCUAACUAAUGGCAACGAUGAUUCGAAGAAAAAUGGCAAUAAACAAAAGCAUACGGACGCUCUUCCCUUCGUGCUCGGGGAUCUUACCCACCUGCCGAGUUUUGAGCGGAAGGAUUUCAAGCCUAUCGUCCCGCUGCAUACAAACACAGCGUGCGCGCAUGUCAACCAACGUUACGCCGAUAAUAUCCUGAUCGCCACCGACGCCCGUAAAUCCCUCACUGGCUCCUGGGGUAUGGUGCGCACCGGGCUCACUCAUCUCGCCAUCCCAAACGGCUGGAGUUGGGGCGGGCCGGUCUCGCCACACUGUCCGCUCUGGGUAGAGAUCUACGUAAACGCGCCACUCACGAAUGGCUUUUGAUACAUAUGCUACGCGAUAGCUAUUUAUUUUAUUACCUUCAUAACGUUCCUCAUUGCAACAGACUCAGUUUAAGUUACCCGCGCCAUUUUUUAAAUUUAGUAUUGAACUUAAUCUUGCGCGAUGGUGUGAUGGGAGUUUUAAGCAAUUUUAAUUUAUUUAGCUCAAUUUUACUUACAUACGUACGCGUGAAGAAGACGAGUCAGACUGUGAUAGUUCGGUCCACGUUUAAUUGAUUUUUCGAUGGAGAACUCGUUGGUUUGGGUAGUUGCUAUACAUUAUAGCAAUGUUUUACUUUUUAAAUCAAUGAACUGCAUAGCAACUGCCAUUAUUAAGGACAUUGAUUUAAUCGCGUUGUUAGAUAAGUUCACAUCAUUUAUUCACAAACGUGUUUGCUCGGUUUGAAAAUAUUUAACAAGCCCAGAACAUGCCCCAACCAAUGUUGUAAAAUGUAACACAAAAUGGUAAAUCAACAAUGUGAUAACUGUUCAAAUAAUUGUUAACCAAAAUUAAAAAUUGUACAGGAAUAUAAGAAAGAAUUUACCAAUUGCAUAAAAGAAAAUAUAAAAACUAUAAUAAUUAUCAUAGAAUAUAAAGUAAAACAUUAUGGAAUAAAUAAUGAUUUAAUAACAA